AUGAUUUCUUGUGAGCAGUGUGGUGACGAGUACAUAGGAGAAACAGCUAGACCACUAUGUGUUCGAAUCAAAGAACAGCUGGAAGGCAAAAAGAAAUCAUGUGACUCCACUGCAUUAGGUGGUCAUAGGGUGCGGUGUCAUAACGGAGAAGAUUUUGAAGUUAAGAUCACGAUUUCGGAGCGCGAACCUGGUAUUGCGGCGCGCAAGACGGGCCCAAAGAUGAAUCGCAAGGAGGAAAGCCUCUGCAUUACGAGGGAACAUUACGAGAGAACUCGCGCUCUGUUUGAGACUAAUAUUGGUAAUUUGCGGCAGUCUCCUAACAACAGCUAUCUAGCAGUGGCACGAGUCAGCUGA